AUGAGCCCCUUCAAUCUGCUCUCUACAGCGGCGUCCGCGUCCGCGCUCGCCACGAUCGAUUUUGACCGUGAUGAGGGAGACUAUCCCACAGAUUCAGAGGAUGAAAGCCUGGCUGAAUCUCAAACCUCUGAUCCCAGUCUCAAUCUAGAUCGAGAAGCAAACAAAGCCGCCCUUGAACAUUACGUCCUCUCCCAAGCCAACAAGCACAUCCACCAGAACCAGAAGGCUCCCCCUGUCAAAGAGCUCGAAAAUGAGAGAUCCAAACGAAUCAUCGAUCAAGCCCGUGAAUACCAGCAGGAGCUAUUUGAACGUGCCAAAGAAGAGAAUGUGAUUGCCGUCCUUGACACUGGUAGUGGCAAGACUCUCAUCGCGGCUUUGUUGAUCAGACAUUUCCUGGAACAAGAACUCAUCAGUCGAAGCCAAGGCCACCCUCCCAAAAUUGUCUUCUUCCUGGUCAACAGCGUCCAUCUCGCCACUCAACAGGCUCGCUUUCUCAACAACAACCUUCCUGAGAAUGUGAUUCCCCUUUUUGGAGAUUCCGGCGAUGAUUUGUGGCGCCGGGCUGAAUGGGACAGAAUCUUUGCCAACAACAGUGUCGUUGUCUGCACCGCUGCUGUCCUUGAUCAAUGCCUAAUGCACUCCUAUCUAACAAUGGGGCAAAUCUCACUCCUUGUCUUUGAUGAGGCGCACCAUUGCAAGAAAAAUCAUCCAUACUCAAGGAUAAUUCGGGAUUACUAUCUCAAAUGGGAAGAGGGUUCUCGACCUCGCAUCUUUGGCAUGACCGCUUCUCCUGUCGAUUCGAAACGGGAUAUCGAACAGGUCCUCGAAGAUUUAGAAACGUUGUUACAGAGCAAAGUCGUCACCACUGACGACCUUUCUGUCUUCGACUUUGCACCUAGGGCGGAAGAUGUCAUCUGGAAGUAUCCUGCCUUGCAGGGAGAAUUUGACACGGAAUUAACUUCCCGGCUUCGUCGACUGUGUGGCUUCAUCGAUGACUUGUCGAAACACUUCACUUUCUCCCGAACGGCCUCUAAGCAAUUGGGAAGUUGGGCGGCGGACAGGAUUUGGAAAUAUGCGAUUCCUACAUCCGAGCAUCGGGCAGCCAACAUCGUCAAAAAAUUGGAACGGAGCUCCGCGUACCAAAAAUGGGUGGACAAUGACAAGCGAGACGCAGCGUUGGAGUCGAUUCACGAGGCCAUCUCAAUUGUGCAGCAGCAUAGUUUCGCCCCUCCUCGUCUCAAUGUCGAGGAUGAAUUGGCGUCCAAGGUGAGAUGCUUGUACAGCGAGCUCACAGCUCGAUUCUCGGCGUCUCCUGCGACUCGUGGACUUGUUUUUGUCGACCAGAAAUUAACAGCUUUCAUUCUCUGUGAUUUCUUUGAAUCUUUGAGCCCGACCAACAUACGACCCGGAGUUCUCGUUGGUGUUGGUCAAAUCGAUUGGGAACCAGGUUCUUGCAAAGAUCAAGAAGCGGUCAUGGAAGAAUUCCGGGCGGGAUUAAAGAACCUGAUUUUCGCUACCAGUGUGGCAGAAGAGGGUAUCGACAUUCCCCAGUGCAACCUCGUGGUCCGAUUCGAUCUGUACAAAACCCCGAUCCAGUAUAUGCAAAGCCGUGGCCGCGCUCGAAUGAAGAAUUCUAUUUUUGCGCACAUGAUAGAAGAGGGGAACUUCAAAGAAGAAGCGGAGGUUAACUAUGCCAGGGAACAAGAUGAUUAUAUCAGACGGUACUGUCGGCAAUUGUCCCCGACCCGGCGUCUGGGCCACUAUGAAUCAAACUUGAAGAGACUUAUAGCUAAAGAAUCCAGGCAUCGAAAUUUCAAAACUUCCACUGGAGUGGUCGCGAACUACGGCAAUUCUCUCUUGCUAUUGAAUCGCUAUGCAGAAUCAUUGAAGAGGAUUGGAGCUACUUCGGCCGAGAUCUAUGAGGAGAUGAUAGACGUUCAAGAAAACAAGUUCAGAUACAAAGUCAUACUUCCAGAAACUGAUGACGAACGAACCAAAGCAGUGAAGGGUGCUAAAGGGGACCCCCAGCCCAACAAGGUCCUGGCAAAACGAUCUGCCGCCUGGCGAUGCUGUGGAAAAUUGCGUUAUGCAGGUCUCUUGGAUGAAAAUCUGGACAGUAUUUUCGUCAAGGUCAAGCCGUCGAAUUUAAACGCGCGAAUCGCCGUAUCGGAGAAGAAGGAUGACUAUGAAAAGAAGUUGAAACCAGACUUCUGGAUCGAGAGUGGUGUUGGAUCCCCUGACCUCCCAACAAAAUUAUUCAUAACCCAGGUUCUUAUUGGACCACGGUCCCUGGCUUGUUCCGGAGAUGGCUUAUUGUUACUGACGCGGUCGCCGCUUCCUGAACUAUCCUCCUUUCCGGUAUUUGUCGACAACAAUGUCGAAAAAUAUGUCGUUUUCAACCGGGCCGAUCGACCUGUCCCAGUGACAUCGGAAAAUAUCGAGGUAUUGACAAGAUUCACUCUUAAUGGAGUCUUCAACGAUGUGUUCAACAAGGUAUACAAUCCGGACGCCACAUUUAUGAGCUACUGGCUAGCACCUCAGGCAACGGGAGAUUUGCAGGGUUCUUUCGAGGAUAUUGUCAAUGUUGACGAGCUUCUCAGGGGCGGCGCACCCGGUCGACAGAGAUGGAUUCCAGCUACGGAUCCAGACGACAUGCGUGAAAAUGUGAAGAAAUGGUGCAAUGCCUUUCUUGUUGAUCCGGGAAAUGGGAGGUUUCACUAUUUCACCGAAAGCGUCCUGCCGGGAAAGUGUAUCUGGGAUCCACCACCAGAGAGUGUCAGAAAAGUGUCGAAGAGAUAUAAAGACACCAUUAUCGAAUUUACGGACAGUACUUGGCGUGGGAGACACAAAGACUUCGGAUCAUUUGCCAACAAAUAUGAUCCCAAUCAACCCGUUCUGCAGGCCAAGUUAGUCAUGGCAGGUCGGAAUUUCCUGGAGAAAUGUUCGGAUGAGCAAAAGCGCUCCGUUAUCUGUCAAAUUGCACCUCAACCGUUGGAGAUCGCUCGUGUCUCGUCCUCCGUGGCGGCAUUCCUGCAAUUGUGGCCAGUGAUCCUACAUCGACUGGAAGCCUAUCUGAUUGUUCAGGAGGCGUUUGACAAACUUGAUCUGACGGGAGUGCCAACCCAUUUUGCUUUGGAGGCCUUUACCCACGACCCCACCGCAAAUGACGGAGAUUCUGAAUUCGUGCCUUCGACACAGAGUGAGCCAGAUGGACGCGACCACAGUAGAGGAGCCAUGAACUACGAGCGUUUGGAAUUCAUCGGUGAUUCCCUUCUCAAAAUGACGACCACAAUAACGGUCUUCAAUCGCACCACGUGCAAUGAAGAAGGCAUGCACUGUAAGCGAAUGUCUUUGCUCUCAAACAGCCGAUUGUGUGAUGUUGCCUCUUCACCCCGCUACGAACUUUUCCGUUACAUUCGAGCCGGAACUUGCGACAAGUGGCGUGAUACGUGGUAUCCUGAAUUCAUGGAACUCAAGAGAGGCAGAGUCAUCAAACUGACCGAUGCUCAACGGAAGCAUGCGUUAGGAAAGAAAACGAUCGCCGAUAUUUGCGAGGCGAUUAUUGGAGCAUGUAUCAUGACCAGUCAGCAUUUGCCCACCGAGGAAAAAUUCGAUUUAGGUAUCAAAGCAGUCACCAAGCUCGUGGAAGAUGAAGACCAUGCUAUCACUUCGUGGAAAGAGAUCGCCCCAAUGUACAAACCGCCGCAAUGGAGUUUGGUAUCCAACGAUCCGGUUGCAAAUGAUCUGGCGAGAAGGAUCGAAGGGAUCACUGGAUAUCGAUUCAAUCAUCCACGCUUGUUACGAUCAGCAUUCACACAUUCUUCGGAUCAAAACUCUCCAGUCCGUGAUCUCCAACGUCUGGAAUUCCUCGGCGAUGCCUGCCUGGACUGGGUUUGUAUCUGGUGGUUAUUCUCUACCAAUCCGACCCGGGACCCCCAAUGGCUGACUGAGCACAAAAUGGCAAUGGUGUCCAAUAGAUUCCUCGCGUCGCUUGCAGUAAUCCUUGGUUUUAACAAACUCAUCUACGCCUCCGGGCCGGCUCUCUACGAAGAAAUAGGCAACUUCGCGGUCAAGGUUCUGGAAGCGUACAAACAGGAGGACGUCAAACCCGAUUUCUGGACACGCGUUUCCUCGGGCUCGCCGCCUCCAAAGGCGCUGGCGGAUCUGGUCGAGAGUUAUCUUGGUGCUGUCCUCGUCGACUCGGGGUUUAAUUUCACCGAGAUCGAAGGUUUCUUCGAAAGACACGUCAAGUGGUUCUUCGAAGACAUUGAAGCAUAUGACACGUUUGCGAAUCGGCACCCGACCACACACUUGUAUCGUCUGCUAAAGGAAGAGCUCGGAUGUCAAAAAAGUUCGCCGGAAGUUCUUGAAAGCUCCUCACAGAUUAUUACAACUCCGCCAAACGGCGACGAAGACAAUGACGACGACGAUGAUGGAGCGGGCGACGAUGCUGUCGCCGGCGUAAGGGUCCACAUUGCUUGGUUCGUGCAUGGACGAAUGGUUUCGGUAAAUCAAGGACAGGGAGUGAAGUAUGCCAAAGCCCGAGCAAGUAGGUCGGCUUUAAAGAUUCUAGGAAACCUGGGAGUCGAUGAGUUUAGAGAGAAAUGGGGAUGUGAUUGUGUGCAAAAGCGGAAGAAAGAUGGAGAUGGAGGAGCAGAAUGGAGAGUGACAGGAGAAAUCUUUAAAUGA